GCACCGGAUCCCGCUGACCCCUCCCCUCCUACUCCCCUGCGUCCGCUCGUCGUCUCCCCGCUCCAAACCCUAACUCCAAUCCGGAACAGCCAAAACAAUUCGCGAAAAUCGCGCAGAAUUUCGCUCCAGACUACUGCUUGGUCCCUCCUCUGGGCAGUGAUGCAAUGAUGCACAUGCUGGUGGCCCCGGACGGGGGCGGAGUGGAGCUUCAGCCGUACGGCGCUCCGCCGGUGGAGCAGGAGCUGGAGCUCCUCCGCGACAACGCCGACGACGGCCUCGAAGGCCACGUGCGGUGUUUGCGGUGCGGGAUAUCUGGCAAUGCGACGCCCCAUAUGCGGCGUGGUCCUGAUGGACCAAGAACUCUUUGCAAUGCGUGCGGCAUUGCUUACAGGAAGGGCAAAAUGAGAAGAAUGAUAGAAGCUGAGCCUCCCAUAGAUGAGGCUGCACUCGCAAAGCUUGUUCCGGAAGUUGGCAUGGAAUUUGAGAGUGAGGAAAAGGCAUACGAAUUCUACAACAAAUAUGCUGGGCAUAUUGGCUUUAGUGUUAGAAAAAGUACAUCACAUAAAUCUUCUGAAAAUAUUACCAAAGUAAGAACUUUUGUGUGCUCAAGAGAAGGCUACAACAGGGAUAAAAAAUCACUGGAAGCAAAGAAGCCAAGAUUGGAUACACGAAUUGGUUGCCCAGCGAGAUUGAUUAUUAAAGUCACACCAGAGUGUAAGUAUAGAGUAACUGAUUUCAAAGCAGAACACAAUCAUCAGCUGGCCCCUCCUUCGACGAUGCAUAUGUUAAGGUCACAGAGGAUAUUGACAGAACUUCAGUCUGGAGAAGCAGAAUUAUCAGAUGAUUCGGUAGUGACACCAACAACAAAAGCAACUGGUGAUCUUGUUGUUAGACAAGUCAGUUUCCUUCGGAGUAUCUCUCUCCUUCCAGCUGAUUACAAGAAUUAUCUCCGUUCUAAGCGAACGAAGACUAUGCAACCUGGUGAUGGUGGAGCAAUAUUGAAAUAUCUGCAGACAAUGCAAAUGGAUAACCCCUCUUUCUUUUACACCAUGCAGAUUGAUGAGGAUGACAAGCUGACCAACUUCUUUUGGGCAGACCCAAAAUCAAGAGAUGACUUCAACUACUUUGGCGAUGUACUCUGCUUAGACACAACAUACAAAAUAAAUGGAUAUGGUAGGCCACUUGCAUUGUUCCUUGGUGUGAAUCAUCAUAAACAAACAAUUAUUUUUGGUGCAGCUUUGCUUUAUGAUGAAUCAUUUGAAUCAUACAAGUGGCUUUUUGAGAGCUUUAAGAUCGCUAUGCAUGGGAAACAGCCUGCUGUAGCUUUAGUAGAUCAAUCUAUUCCAUUGAGUAGUGCAAUGGCAGCAGCCUGGCCAAAUACCACACAACGAAUUUGUGCUUGGCAUGUAUUUCAGAAUUCUCUUAAGCACCUCAACCAUGUCGUCCAAGGUUCAAAGACAUUUGCGAAGGACUUUAGCAAAUGUGUCUUUGGCUAUGAAGAUGGAGAUGAAUUCUUGUUUGCAUGGAGAAGUAUGCUGGAAAAGUAUGAUCUUAGACAUAACGAAUGGCUGUCUAAAGUGUUUGAUGAGAAGGAGCAAUGGGCCUUGGCAUAUGAUAGGCAUAUAUUUUCUGCUGACAUCAUAAGUGCACUUCAAGCCGAGAGUUUCAGUAGUAUUUUGAAGAAGUUCUUGAGUCCUCAACUGGACCUACUGUCCUUCUUCAAGCACUAUGAAAGAGCAGUGGAUGAGCAUCGCUAUGCUGAGCUGCAAGCUGACUUCCAAGCUAGUCAGAGCUAUCCAAGAAUACCUCCAGCCAAGAUGCUAAAGCAAACUGCUCAUACAUAUACACCAGUGGUGUUUGAGAUCUUUCGUAAAGAGUUUGAGCUAUUCAUGGACUCUGUGUUAUUCAGUUGUGGGGAGGCUGGGACAACAUCUGAGUACAAGGUUGCUUCAUCUGAGAAACCCAAGGAACACUUUGUUCGAUUUGAUUCAAGUGAUCGCUCCUGUGUGUGCACUUGUAGGAAGUUUGAGUUUAUGGGCAUCCCAUGUUGUCACAUGUUGAAGGUGCUGGAUUACAGAAAUAUUAAAGAGCUACCUCAAAAAUAUUUGCUGAAGCGAUGGAGGAGGACGGCCAAAUCUGCAAAUGAAGACAAUGAAGGCAAUGCAUCAAAUGCUAAUGGGUCAUCAUUGAAUGCCCCUGCUCCUGCUGCAAAUCACCAUGGGCUUCAAAGCUUCAGUGCAAUGAUUCAAGACACUUCUGUUUCUAGUAUGCCUUAGAGUUCAUUUCACAGGAGCUUUUGAUAUAGGUUUAAACACCAACGAUGACUCCACAUGCACCUUGCAACAUCAUUGGCCACUGAAGCAGUGGAUGGGCUGCCUUGAAGUGCCCCUGAAUAAGUCUCCAACAUGUACAUUAUUCAGCUGUAGGAAAUUCAGUUGCUAAGGCACCGAUCCUUAGUGUAGAGUAGAUUGUAAUUUUAAAAAAUAAUGCUUGUAUUGCUCUGGAAAUAAUUCAGGAAAUUUUGUGCAUACUGUAAGCUCCCCCUAUUCAUGGUAGCCCAUCCAUCAUGAGUAAAAAUGUGAUUCAGGGCUUCAGGCACAGGCAGUUCAA